AUGCAGCUACGUCAAAUAUAUUAUUUAUUCAUUCUACUAUUGACACCUUGCAUUCAAGCACACCUUCUAGACCUCGGCUUUCAACCAAACUAUUAUCAAAUUGGCGACCAAGUGGAUCUUUUAGUCAACAAAAUCGAAUCAGACAAGACCCAACUUCCCUACGCUUACUACUCACUCACAUUUGUUUGUCCUCCCAUAAACGAUGCCAAGCCAGUGCAUUUAUCGCUAGGGGAGAUCUUGCGAGGCGACCGUAUUUGGGAAAGUGGCUAUGACUUGAAGUUCGGAGUUGAUCAACCAUGUUUACGGUUAUGUGAUUUGCGUGCGACUCAAGGUGGCAUAAGACGUGCCGCAGAUUUAAUCAAGGAUGGGUAUGUUGUUCAUUGGUCAGUUGAUGGAUUACCUGGUGCAACUACUUUUGAAACCAUGAACCACCGCAGGAAAUACUAUGCCGCCGGUUUCCCCAUGGGGUUUGUGGAACAGGAUGUGAGUUAUUUAUACAAUCACGUUAUGUUGGUAAUUCGAUAUCACCAAGAAUCCAAUGGUAAGUACACCAUUGUUGGAUUUGAAGUGUACCCUAAAAGUGUCAUCAAUGAAGAGUGUCCUGGAAAUAAAAAGGAUUAUCGCAAUUUCGCCCUACUUUAUAAAGUUGAUGCAAAGGGCGAAUUGAGCAAAGACAGAACAACUAUUCCCUAUACGUAUUCUGUAUAUUGGAGAGAAGAUACAUCAAUUGAUUAUGACUCAAGGUGGGACUUAUACUAUGAAAAUGAAUCAGGAGAAAGUCAAACAAAAAUUCAUUGGAUUUCAUUUGUGAAUUCGACCGUCUUGAUCUUUUUAGCAUCUUUGAUUGUCAUGAUUGUUAUGAUUAAAGUUUUGAAAAAGGAUAUACGACAACAAUCACCAGGCUUGCCCAUUAGUGAAAUCGAUCUUGCCGGUAAUAGUGGUGACACUAGUAUUGCUGCUGCUGGUAGUGGUGGCGGUGGAUGGAAGAACCUAGCUGAUAGAGUAAACAACACACCUCAAGCCGAACUUGUAUUGACUACUUUGGUCCUGGGAGGUAUACAAAUGUUGAUUGCAAUUGUGGGAGUUAUAAUACUUGUUAGUUUAAAUUCCAUCAAAUCCAGGCAUUACUUCUUUAAUAAUCACCAAGGGGCAUUUUUUUCAUUCUCGAUAUUUUGUUUGAUGGGUUCAGGUCUCGUGUCUUCAUUCGUGGGAAUGAUCUUACAUAAAGUUUUCCGCAAUGAAACUAAUAAAAAAUACGAUAUCAUCAAAACAUUAAUUUUAUCAUUGAUGUUUAGUGCUGUAUUACCAGCCCUUUUGUUCAUGUUGAUGUUUAUCUUGAACUUUUUUGUAUGGGCUCAAGACUCAUCAACAGCAUUGCCCUUUGGUACAAUUGUGGUUUUUGUGUUGCUAUUCAUUUUAAUUCAAUGUCCAUUGGAUGUGAUUGGAGGAGUUUACGGUAAUAGAUACAAAUUCAAUUCGAGGAAUUACCUAUCGACUUGCGGACAAGAAGAGAAGCUCCCAUGCUAUCAAAAGUGGACACUAAAGUUCAUAUUCAAGCUGAUGUCGCCCAUCACGUAUGCUAAGAAUGUGUUGGUAUAUGGCAUGAUCCCCUUUGGAAUAGUUUAUGUUGAGCUUUUAUUCGUGUUCAAUUCCGUUUGGUUGGAGAAAACCACAUUUUAUUACAUGUAUGGGUUCUUAUUCAUUACUACAGUGAUGCUAAUUGUGAUCAUUAUCGAAUUGACAAUUGUGGCAAUCUAUGUAUCAUUGGUAUAUUACAAUGACGCUAAUUGGUCUUGGCUAUCUUUCAAAGUUGGAUCAAGCAUUGCUUGGUAUAUCUAUGGCUACUCGCUAUACUAUUUUGUCACAGUUUUGAAUGUUGAUGAUUUUGUUAGUUCAUUAUUAUACUUUAGUUACAUGGGAUUAGCAUGUUUCAUCAUUGGUGUUGCAUGCGGUGCUGUUGGUGUAAUAACUGGGUCAUUAUUCAUCAGAAAGAUAUAUGGAGCAAUUAAACUUGAAUAG